AUGGCUUCUCACACCCAGACAUCCGACUUUUGCCUUGAAUGUCGCUGGGAAGACCUUCAUAUCGACCCAAAGACAGAAAAUGAGCCUUCGACACAACACCCCGAUGCCCAUUGGAAUUGUACUGAUGCUCAGCACCAUACUUCCUUGGCCCACUGCGGGGUCGAGGAGGUAUGUUGCGAGGCCGAUACUUGCGAGGCUGAUACUUGCGAGGCUGAUACUUGUGAGGCAGAGACAUGCGUGGAUGACUGUGACAGGGACUGCGAGUCUGUCUGUGAUGGCUAUGCGGCCUGUGGUGCUUCGACAACGUGCUCCGUGGCAGACUGCGAUGAGGAUCAUUGCGAAAGUGCAGAGCCUGUCUGCCUCGAAAAUCACUGUUGCGAAGAUGCCACUGAACAUGAUUGCACUUUUGAAUCUAUUCUUGGUAUCACGCCGUCUAUCUUUGACUCUUCUCAUUUCCUGCCCUCCUCAACGGCCGUUCAACCCCCUCUUGGUGAGAUGGGGAAAUCUGUCGCUUACAUGGCGCCAACGAGCCUUGAUUCGUGCUCUCAGUAUGAAUUUCUUUCCUCCUAUCAGGCCCAUGCCACGCAGUGUGAGCAGCAUGUGCAAAAUCAUCUCGGCUGUCAGGACUUCAGAAAGGAUUGGCAGGAGAUGCUCAGUCAUCAAAACCAGCCUUUACCUCAAGAGCUACACAUUGAUCCCACGGAAAUAUACCAAAUCCUCGGGGUGGGCUCUGAUUUCGCAAACUGCCAUUACUCGCAUCUUGGAACAAACCACCAAGAGCACAUGAUUCCAGGGACAUUCGGGCAUAUCAAUCACGAGCCUGUCGGCUGUCUCGAACAGGAGCAUCACCACCACCACCGUCACCACGUCCCUGUUGAAUUCAAAAAUCCCAAUGAUUUCACUCUCCAUGUCCAUGGUCCACAUCGCAGUCAUCAUCGAUGUCGCAGUCACCAUCAUCACACUCACCCCUAUUCGCCUUAUUCCCGACAAUCCAGAUCGAGUGUCAGCUCGCACUUCAUGUCGAGUCCGAGAGACACACCUCCCCCCUUGGAUAAAGACCUUUCAUCGGUGCUCACAACCCCUGAGCAAACUGCGCAAGACCCCACCGUGCACCAAUGCAAGUGGGUCACCUCUAUCAAUGGCAUUCAAACGUCAUGUGGAGCUGUUUUCGCCGACUCGGGCGCCCUUCAAGAUCACUUGGUAGCUGAGCACACGAAUACCAUUCAAGGUGCCAAAGGUAAAGGGUACUACUGCCGCUGGCAAGGCUGCUACCGCCCCGACGAGGCAUUCUCCCAAAAGUCCAAGUUGCAGGGCCACUUCUUGACACACAGUAAUUACAAAAACUUCAAAUGCUCUGUCUGCGGCAAGAACUUUGCCAGACAAGCGACACUAGACCGACAUGAACGAAGCCACCGUGGCGACAAACCCUACAAGUGCAAAACCUGCGGGAAGACCUUCACUGACAGUAGUGAGCUCAAAACACAUUCACGAAUCCACACCGGUGAAAAGCCAUUCAAAUGUACAUUCCCCGGAUGCAAGUUUGAAACUGGCGAUUCAUCGAAUAUGUCCAGUCACAGACUGACCCAUGGGGAGCGUAAACACAAGUGCACUUAUCCGGGAUGCUCCAAGAGCUUCACGAGACCUGCGCACUACGCACGACACAAGAAUCUCAUCCACGCAUCCAUCACCUGA